UGUGCGCUGCGGACGCGUUUCUAGUCGUUGUCUGUUGGAGUCGCGCGCUAGCGAGAAAAAGCUGCGGGAAGCGUUUGCUUGCUUUUGUUCGUUUACGUGAGAGAGCGCGAGGGGCUGCAACAUGUUGAGCCUCUGCUAAUUGGCUCGCAGCCAACUACAUACAACAACAACAACAAAAGCAUAGCAGCAGCAGCAACAGCAAAAAUAAGAAGGAGAUUAAGAAAUAGGCAAGAAGUGCAAUGUUUGCUCGAGCCUCGUCAAGCGAUGCACCAUUCAGUAGAAAUAACGGAGAGGACCAAGUUGAGACGGACGGGGAGCUAAGCAACAACAAAAACAUAAACAAAGACAUUAGCGACAAAGCAAAAGCGGUGGAGGAAAAUAAUAGAGACAUAGCUCUAGAAACGGGGGCAAUCGAUGAGCAUUACGUCUGUGACAUAUCGAUGAUGAGAAUCGUGGAGGAGGGCAGCAGCAGCAGCAGAAGCAGCAGAAACAACAACAAAAGUGCUGAUGAUUCAGCGGCAUGUGCUGGGGAAAUGGCGCAGCAACAAGAAGAAUAUUAUGUGCAGGAUUAUGAACAAGCCACUAACAACAACAACAACAACAAUAGCAACGCCAAUGACCUCGAAAUUGAUCGGCAGGAGGAGGAGCAAGCAGUUAGCGACCUGGUGCGCUCAAGCAGUGCAAACGCGUUGAUGGAGGCCGACAACAACAACAGUGGGAGCAUGCGCGUCGUUUUUGGCAUUCUAGUGCGUUUGGUGCUCCCCUUGGCCAAUGGCGUGGCUCGAGGGAUUCAAGGCAUACGCGAUGUGCGUGUCGACCAUCUAAUGCAGAAUUUGGCCUCCAGUCGACAAAUGCUGACCAAUCUGGUGGCUUUUGCGGCCAACACGAUUUCAAUGAAUUUGUCCUCAGUGCAGGUUUCAAAUCGCAUCGGUCCCCUUUUGAAUUUAUUGAAGCUGCGCAAAUCACAGGAUGGCCUGGAGAGCUUGCCGGAUACACCCUCCCUGCCAGCCACGCCUAUUAUAGUACAUCCGCAGAAUUCGCCAAUACCCAUGCUGGGGCCGUCGGGAGGCAAGCGAAAAUCCCGUGUGGAUCAUCAGCCUGCACCCAAUUGCUGCACUUUAAAUAUAUUGGCGGAGCCACCGGCGGGUACGCCCAUACGAGCGGACAUUGUUUUCAUGCAUGGAUUGCACGGCUCGCAGGUGAAUACCUGGAAGCAGGGCCUCUGGGAGAACGAACGCCGACCCGUGGAGUUUGAGCGGCCGCCUCUGCAGCCGGUCCGGCCCCCAAAGCGGGCUCGUCACUCGCGCUCUGCGGCCAUUCAUCAAGCGCCGCGAGAGAAGCGCGCCAAGUUCGCAGCCAGCAAGCGUUCCUUGGAGCCAACUGCGCUCAGCCAUGAUGCGAAGCAAUGGGCGCAGCUACAACAGGAGCAGCAACAACAGCAGCAACGUUUCAAUGCCUCCGAUGAUGAUGGCGAGGAUUACGCCUAUGUUUGCGGUGCGCCCAAGGACAUACAAAUCUGCGGGGACAUCGAGUACAGCUUUCCGCCAUUCCGUGUGCUUAUGCCGGAGAAAACCCGCUUGUCUAUGCUGCAGUCCGAUGAUAAUGACAACACACCUGAUGACCCCCAUAACGCACAGUCUUCUGACGUCUCGCCAAAAUCCUUAGUGGGAAAAGGCAAGCGUAAACAAUCCAGCAAACCCUCCGCCAAGGAUCCAAACUAUUCCAAAUGCUGGCCCGGCGAUUGGCUACCCCUCGAUUGUCCCGGCGUUCGAGUCAUUGCGGUCAACUAUACCACCGAUCAGUAUCUUUGGCGACCACUGUGGAAAGGCAAGGAGCCGCGUUCGGGUCUGGUGCAGCGUUCUCGGGAAAUGGCCGAACUGUUAAUCAAACAUAGAGUUGGUUAUGGUCAUCCGAUCAUCUAUGUGGGUCACUCCAAGGGCGGAUUGUUCAUAAAGCAGUUGAUUGUGGAUGCCUGGGAGUGCGGCCGGCCGGCCAUGACGCCCUUGUGGCGUUCGGCACGUGGCUGUUUCUUCUAUUCCGUGCCACAUCGGGGCUCCCAUUUGGCCAGCAUUAAGGCGCCAUUACUGGCGCGCUCUGUGGAGCUGCUGGAAAUCGAGAAGAAUAACAAGUAUCUGCUGGAUCUGCAUCGCCGUUUUUCGGGCCUCUAUCACAUGGGACAUCUAAAAAUCGAGGUCUUCAGUUUUGUGGAGACGGCUUUGACACUCAUGUCGGUGCUAUAUUUGCGCAUUGUGGGCGUGGAUUCGGCAGAUCCCGGAAUUGGCGAUGUGUGCGGCAUACGGCUGGAUCAUCGUGAGAUCUGCAAGCCUCGCGGACGUGACUGCAUUUUGUACAAAGAGCUGGUCAAAAUGAUUGAGAAAGUGUGCUAAGCGUGUGCGCGCCGUCAAUUAAGAAUACGCAGGACCUGAUUUAGUUAGAACCAACACAUGUGAAUGAGCUUGCAACUGCAACGGGCAGCAACUCAAAGUUGCAACCUGCAGGGCAGCCCUAGUUAAUACGCGUACCUAAGGUUAAGGCGUCCAAUUGGGAAGCUGGAACUCGUUUCUUUUGAGCGUUUUUCUGUUUCUGUUUUGUUUCUGUCGUCAUAGUGUGUAGCAUAAAUGUAAUUUUUUGCAUUAAUUUUAUUUGUAUUGAUCCCCACACCAUCCACCCGCCAGCAAAUUCGUUUUUAAGCAUGCCAUUUAGUAGAUACAAGUACUACCUACUAUCUACACACAAACAUAUUUACAUAUUUAUGAACGAUUUUGAAUUUGAAUUGUGAUCAGCGAGCACUUUGUUGUGAUGUUUCCCGCUUCGAAAACAGCUGUACUAUAUACAUAAAUAAUAGCUAGACAUACAUACAGUAAUAUAUAAUGUACAUAGGCCGUUGUUAAUCAAGUUCGUCAAACGUUACCAACGAUAUUAAUUGAUAUGAAAUGUUUUUUCCUUUUUUAAGAUAUUACCCAUUUGAUAUUUUGUAAACGAUAAGUGCCGCGAGCGGAAAUAAAUAUGAAUAUACAAGUACAUAUACUGAAUGUAUGUAUGUGUGUAUUUUCCAAAUAAUUAAAAA